AUGUUGGAAAAAAUCAACAAGUUAUUAUUAAUAAUAUCGAUUUGGUUCGUCGUUUUAAAUUCAUCAUCAUCAUUAUUAUUUGUUAAUUCGAAAGAAUGUACGAAUAUAUCCGAUUUGGAAAAAUUUGAUUGUUAUCCGGAAAAUGGAGCCGAUGAAAAAAGUUGUACGAAAAGAGGAUGCUGUUGGCAACCGAGACACGAAUCCCAUCGUCCAUCUCAUUUCAAUUUUCCACCAUUAGACGUUCCAUGGUGUUAUUAUCCGAAAAAUUAUGGAGGUUACGAAUAUAUAAAUUUAACGAGAACUGAACAAGGAGAUUUAGCUUUCAUGAACCGAACGUUUUCAUCGCCUUAUCCUAACGAUGUUAAAAAUUUAAGAAUUGAUGUCGAAUAUCAAACUGAUAAUAGACUGAGAAUUAAGAUAUCGGAUGCUGAUCGCGAAAGAUAUGAAUCACCUUAUCCGAAAAUAGUAAAGAAAAAUCUCACCGAAACAACAAAUAUUUCAACUCCUAAUUACAGAGUCGACAUCGAUUUAAAACAAACGGGAUUCAAAGUUUCCAGAAGGGAUGGAAAUGUUUUAUUUAACACUCAAAAUGUCGGUGCCCUGAUAUUUUCCGAUCAAUUUUUACAAAUAAGUUCAAAAUUUAAUGGAAAAAUUUACGGUCUUGGAGAACACAGAUCGAAAUUUUCUCUGGAUACCAACUGGACAAGAUUUACAAUAUUUGCUCAUGAUGCUGCUCCCGCAGAAGAAAUAAAUUUGUACGGAAGUCAUCCUUUUUAUCUGAUUAUGGAGCCCGACGGUAAAAGCCAUGGAGUAUAUUUACACAAUAGCAAUGCCAUGGAUGUACUUCUUCAACCUCUUCCAGCAAUAACUUACCGAACGAUAGGAGGAGUAUUAGAUUUUUAUUUUUUCAUGGGUCCCACACCUGCUGAUGUUAUAAGUCAAUAUACAGAAUUAAUUGGAAGACCAUUCUUGCCACCCUACUGGAGUUUAGGUUUUCAACUUUGCAAAUAUGGAUAUGGAAGUUCUGCAAAAACCAGAGAAGUAUGGCAAAGAACUAUGGAUGCGAAAAUUCCAUUUGAUGUUCAAUAUAACGACAUUGAUUACAUGCAUAAUCAAAAUGAUUUUACCAUUGAUCCAGAAAAAUUUCACGAUUUGCCACAACUUGUCGAUGAUAUUCACAAAGCUGGAAUGCAUUACGUACUAAUUUUAGAUCCCGGAGUGAGUGCAUCUGAACCUCAUGGAAGUUAUUCCCCGUACGACGAUGGAAUAGCAGAUGAUAUAUUUAUUAAAAAUCAAGAUGGAAGCGUUUUCGUAGGAAAAGUUUGGAAUCCUAAAAGCACAGUUUUUCCAGAUUUUACAAAUCCAAAGGUUGAAAAAUAUUGGGCUAAACACAUUCAGGAACUUCAUAAAAAAAUUCCGUUUGAUGGUUUAUGGAUCGAUAUGAACGAGCCAUCAAACUUUUUAAAUGGAAGUUUUGAAGGAUGUCCAAACAGUCAUUUAGAAAAUCCUCCCUACGUUCCCGGCGUCGACAAAGGAUUAUUAAAUUUUAAAACUCUUUGCAUGACAGCCAAACAAUUUGCUGGAAAUCAUUAUGACGUACAUAACUUAUAUGGAAUAAGCCAAUCAGAUAUCACCGCACGAGCUCUUCACAAAACAUUAGGCAAAAGAACUUUUAUUUUAUCAAGGUCGACAUUUGCCGGAAGUGGUAAAUACGCAGCUCAUUGGUCAGGAGACAAUUUUUCGACUUGGCAUGAUUUGUACAGAUCGAUUUCCGAACUUCUUUCAUUGAGUUUAUUCGGUAUUCCAUUUGCUGGAGCUGAUAUUUGCGGUUUUAACGGUAACACAACAGAAAGUUUAUGUAACAGGUGGAUGCAAUUGGGUGCAUUUUAUCCAUUUUCAAGAAAUCAUAAUUCCAUAGGCAACAAAGAUCAAGAUCCAGCGGCGUUAGGUCAAAGAGUUAUUAACAGUUCUAUAAAUGCACUUAACAUCAGGUAUUCCCUGCUUCCAUAUUUGUACACGUUAUUUUACAAGGCUCACAUAAAUGGGGAAACGGUAGCAAGACCAUUGUUUUUCGAGUAUCCAAAUGACGAAAAAACUCACGAUAUUGAUAAUGCAUUUUUAUGGGGUUCCGGUUUGUUAAUUGUUCCCAUUAUCCAGGAAAACACCACAAAAACCAAAAUAUAUUUACCACGUGGAAAAUGGUACGAUUGGUACAACAGUACGGAAAUAAACAGUAAAGGACAAGAAGUUUCAUUAGAAGCAGACGAUGAACGCAUACCACUUUUAUUAAGAGGAGGAACGAUAUUACCAAUGCAAAAACCGUCGACAACAACCUUUGAAAGUCGAAAAAAUAAUUUUACCUUAUUGGUAGCUCCAGAUAGUGAAGGCGUGGCACACGGAGAUUUAUUCUGGGAUGACGGAUUAACUCCCGAUACAAUUGAAAAUAAAAAUUACGGUUUAAUUAAAUUUAAUUUGAUAAAUCAAACGUUAACGACCAAAUGUCUUCUAUGGAAUGUUUCACAAAUCCUGGAUGUCGAAACAAUUAAAAUCCUGGGAAUAAUUCAAAAUGUAAAAAAAGUUAUAUUAAAUAAUAAAGAAAAAACAUUUACCCAUACGCAAUCCGUAAGUAUAAAAUUAAUCAUAUAUGAUAAUAAUAAUAAUUAUAUUUUUUUUUAA